GUUAAAUUUGACAUAAGUUUCAUACAUUUUAUGUCAAAAUUUUAACGUCAUGCAUAAAAGGUGCACUCUGAUCCAUCUCUGAUCGCUAGUUUGGAACGCAGCUCAAAGACAUUAUCUUAGUAAUCUGUGGCCUCAUCUGCUGUCGGUGGCACGGUGGUGAUUGCAUGCAAUUGCAAGUAGUAAUCAAGUAAUCUUUGACUUUGGUAUUUUUCUGUGGAUUAUGAUAUUUUCAUUAAUUUCGCAAAUGUGUCGCUCAAACUCAUGAAUUAAAGUGUCUUGUGUUAAAAGAAGACUUUCUAAUUGUCAGUGAAUUGAUGUAUAUCAGGAAACAAGCAAUCUGCUGUGUAAUCCUUGAGAUCAAGAAAUGCUGCGCUUUCUCAGCAGAAGGGGGCGCUCGUCGAGCCAAAACCGCAACAAACAGGGUGCCAAGGCAUCCAUAAACAAAAAUUUUAUACAAUGUAAAGUAAUGUUACUUGAUGACACUGAUUUAUCUAUUAAUUUGUCUAAGAAAGCGAGUGCAGGCGAUCUCUAUGAACAAGUAUUUUAUUCUUUGGAUUUAAUAGAGAAAGACUAUUUUGGUCUUCAAUUUACUGACACUCAUAAUGUUAAGCAUUGGCUCGAUCCUACAAAGACUAUCAAGAAACAAGUUAAAAUAGGGCCACCAUAUACACUGAGGCUGAAGGUAAAAUUUUAUUCAUCAGAGCCAAAUAAUCUCCGAGAAGAGUUGACACGAUACCAAUUCUUUUUGCAGCUAAAGAAAGAUAUUUUAGAAAGCAAACUUGAAUGUCCACAUUCAACUGCUGUGGAAUUGGCUGCUUUAGCACUACAGUCGGAGCUAGGAGACUUCGAUGAAGCUAUUCAUACACCUGCCACUGUUUCUGAAUUUAGAUUUGUGCCUAAUCAAACAGAAGAAAUGGAAAUAGAGAUUUUAGAGGAGUAUAAGAAAUGCAAAGGACUAACACCAGCUCAAGCUGAGGUAAAUUAUCUAAAUAAAGCUAAGUGGUUAGAAAUGUAUGGUGUUGAUAUGCACAUUGUAUUGGGUAAAGAUGGAUGUGAAUACCAUCUUGGAUUAACUCCUACAGGAAUUUUAGUUUUUGAAGGUCCACAAAAAAUAGGACUCUUUUUUUGGCCUAAAAUUAGCAAACUCGAUUUUAAAAAGAAAAAGUUAACUUUAAUAGUAGUUGAAGAUGAUGAUCAAGGACGAGAACAAGAACACACAUUUGUAUUUCGAUUACAUAAUGAGAAAGCUUGUAAACACUUGUGGAAAUGUGCUGUUGAACAUCAUACUUUCUUCCGUUUAAGAGCCCCAGUCAAAGGUCCAUCAGCCAGGCAAAACUUUUUCCGAAUGGGAUCUAGGUUCCAAUACUCAGGUAAGACAGAGUACCAGACUACUCAGCAAAACCGUGCUCGUCGCACUGUUCAGUUUGAAAGACGACCGAGUCAACGUUUUGCUCGACGACAAAGUCAUGUGUUGAGAGAACGUGAAAAACAAAAUACUUCCGUAAAACCUGAAGCUGCUGCUUCGCCGGAGGUAGCACCAGAAAUACCAAGCACAACUUCUGAGAUCGCUUUGCUUGUGCCUGAUACUGAGACCUUGUCAAGAAAGAGCAGCGCCAAAUCACAAAAAUCCACUGUCACAGAAAAUGACUCUAAAACAAACGAGAUCGGUGAAUCUUCCACAAAGAAACUUCUUACUGAUGAUAUAGCUGAAGAAGUGCACAUGUCUAAGAAUGAUGCUAUUAGCAAUAAUGUAUUCCAGGUUGAAAAGCCUGUAAUAGAAGAGAAACGAAAUAAUUUAACUCAACUUGUUAUUAAUAAACCUUCCUGUAAUUGUUCACCAGUUACAGAAUCGAAUCCAUUGAACGACCUUCUCAUGAGUCUAGUAAAAGAAAAGUUAAAUAACGAUGAUUCUAAAAAUGAGGUGAAGAAAGACCAACUUGAUGGUGGAAAUGUAAAGGAAUUGCCAAACAAUCAAGCUAAAUAUUUCUUGUCCACUAAAGCGUUACCACCUGGUCAGUUGAAGUGUAAUAAUAUUUUGAAAGCACGCGAAAGCGAAGUUAAGAUUAUUAAUGAAUCUCCAAACAUUAACUUCUCUUUGCCAUCUACACCUUCGCCAAAAAUAUUAAACGAACCUCAGGUAGCAGCUGCUUCUAACUCUCAAUACGUUUCUAUAGUUGUAGUAGAGCCACCUCAUUCUCAAGCGAAGUUAGCUUCCCCAAAACCGAUAGAACGUAAGGAGGAAGUUGCUCCCAAGACCCAACCUAUAUCGUCCUUGUCGCCGUGGCUAGUUACUUCAGAACCAAGUUCUCCUUCAGGUAUUGGUGAAAAAGAUAUAACAAUUAUUCAUAGAAAAUCAGUUAUAACUACUCAACUUUAAGAUGUGCCUACUGAGUUUUUGCAUCAAAAAUGCGAUGUAUUGAAAUUUACUUUAUCUUUUGUGGGGUUACAAACAGACUCGUCGUAGAUCGUAGUACUCCAUAUUUAUUAUUGAUAUUGGUAUAACUUUUCUCGAAUUCUGCAGAAGCACAGAUCAGGUGAUUACAAUCUGAAAUUUCUUUGAAAUUAGUGCCUUACAAUCAUAGAUGUAUUACCGACUGAUGUGUGAUGAAGCUUAUAAUUAUAAUAAAUAUUGUAAUGGGUAAUUUUAUAAUGUUCCUUUUAAGGUGCUCUGAAAUUAUUAUAAGUAAUUUCAGUUCUACUUUUCAAAAUAAAUUUACGAUAUUGUAUGAAGUAUAUUUAUAGGUAUUAGACAAUUUUGGUCUCUGCUCGUUUUUAUCAUUUCGCUUUUAAGUUUCGAAGGAAACUAUAAGCGAGAUGUCUAUUUUAUUGAUAUUUCUUGUUAUUUACUUACAUAAAGUAAUUAGUUUAUUGGAAAAAUUAUAUCAAUUAUAACGGCUAACAUUUUUGUUGUGCACUUGUACUUAGUUCGGUAUUAUACUUUAUUUUAAUACAAUUACUUCGAAUAUAUAUAUUUCUUCACAUUUCACAUUCCGUCCUUUGUUAAUUUUCUACUGGUACAUGUUUGAAUGUUGGUUCAGGGGAUAUGUGUGCUGUGCGUCAUUCAAUGAUGCGAUGUAGUUGCAAUUACUAUAGUAAAACAGGAAGAUUAAGACUUAUGAUUUUGUUUAGAUUCAUAUUUUGUACUUUUGAUUGUAGUGAUUUUCCUUUUGGAAUAACACAGUUUAGUUCAGUCUGUACUUAAAAUUAUAAUUAGAAAUUACUUUUAUUACUUCCGUUAUUGGGCAUGCAUAAAAGUGAUGUGUGAUGAAAUUACAGUAGUUUUGCACUUAAUAACUAUUUUUUGAUUUAACUGUUUUAUUACAUUCAAUAAAUAGUCAAUUGAGCCGUCCUUUUCCCAUAUGUAGUUCCAUCAUUUUAUUCGCCUUCGUAAAUUAUAUUUAGUACAAUAAGUUAACAGUAUUAUGAGACAUAAUUACUCGAACAGGGUGCCAUAUGAAAAGUAAAAUCUGAUGUGAAAAUAUUUCAGUGACACAAAAUAACAUUAAAUUUUCAAAAUAGUAUAAUGAACUGUGCCAACGUACGCCUUUUUAUUUAUAAGGUAAGGAUUAAAUAAUGAUGAAUGAAGGUGCUUGGGAACAAUUUUAUGUAGUCAAACUUUUAUUCAAAAAUAUAUCUAGAUUUAAUUAGUCUAUAAGUAAACUAAUGUGUUAUAGUAGAUUUACAUUGAUACAGUAGCUGACGCCAGUCUCGCUUGUAUGCCAGCACUGGGAUCGUGCAAACACCAUUUAGGUGCAGUCCAGCCGUGGGCUUGGAGUUGAGUAGACCGGCUGCUUACUUUUUGGUCUUGUGAUGGCUCUCCAAAUUUGCACACCUUGUCAGCGGCUCUAGAUAAAUAAAUGUACUAAUAUUAUAAAGAGGUAAAGGAGACGGAUCAGAAGUGGUAGUCGGUUUUCUGACCAUCCAUAAGUCAUGUCAUAUUUUCAGUCUGCGGCAGUUUGUAAUAUCACCUCAAUCACUAUGUCAAAUAGUCCAGUCAUACAUGAUAUUCGUGAAAUUGUGGUGAAAUUAUUAUGAUUUGGCUUAUCUUGAAACAAAACAGCCCCAAAAUACCUAAUACUUAAUAGAAUGAAAGAUGAACACAAUAAUAAUCACUGCUUCAGUUACCUAUUGGAUAGAAUAUAUUUGAUGCUUUUUCAGCAAACAGUAGAUAAAUAAACUUGCAAUAUGCCAAUCAAUAAUUAUGAAGGGAAUUUAAAAUUAUAACUAUUAUUGUAAACAAAAUGGGGAUUCUAGUUUUUUGUCAAAUUAUUCACAAUUAAGUGCACUGCAUGACCUAAAAAUUUGGAGAAUGCCGGAGACUCGCUACCAUCCUCCAUACAAAUUAGAACCGUCUCCUUUUAUGAAUAAUUGUGAGUUUGUGACAUUGUAGGGGGUAAUCUCUGACUACUGGACCUAUUUGUAGGUCUUUUAUUCAAAGUAGCCACCACAAAAAAUCCAAGGCGCUUGCUACCACUAUAAUAUAAACUUCGAUCAAUGCUGGAAGAAUGAAAUCUGGUAAAUUAACUAGCGCCGUUUAAAGGCUACUGAAUCUAAGUACCAGCUACUGUAUUAAUGUAAUUAAUAAAGAUAAAUCACAGUAAAGCCAUCAAAGUAGAGUACGUUUGAAUAACUAUUUGGUUUCAGUUUUAUUUAUAUCGUUGUGUUUUUCAACACUGGCAACUGGCAGCAAAUCAAAGUACCCUACUUUUUAUUUAAAAAAAAAAUAUCUCUUUUGGUUCAAUAUUAUCUCUAAUCAAACUAUAAUCUCGAAACACAUUAUGUAUUAAAUGGACAAUGUACUUAAUUAAUCCUUAUUUUUUAUUACAAUUGCUAUACAUUCCAUUGAAAUAAAUAAUGUUUUAUUAUUACCAACAUUGUGAUUUUUAGUAGAACAAUUUAAUUUAGAAAAGAUUUUUCAAUUCCUUUGUUCGUUUCUAUUUUAAAUCAUUAUCUUGAUUAUAAGACUAUUUUUAUAGAAUCUAUCACAUUGGCUUAAAUCGUUAUCCCAAUUAUUUUUUUUAUGAAUUUUUAUUCCAUAAUUAAUAUUACGAUUAUUACGACAAUGAAUUUAUAAUCUAUUAUGUAUUAUUAUGCUGGACAAUAAAUAUUAUUAACGUUAUAUAUAAUUAAAUCGAAUGUUUCAUUUACUUAGCCUAUUCAUUAUCCAUGUUUACCAUUUUCAGAGAGAAAAUAAAAUCACUUAUUUGUUCCUAGGAAGGUAUAUUUAUUCUUGAACUAGGGCGCAGAACACACGUAAAAGUCGUAAGACGCAGACGGGGCGCGGAUAUUGUCGGUUUCAUACAAAAUGAAGGAGCGACGGUCGUGUCUGCGCCCUGUCUUUAUUUUGCCACGUGAUGUUACUAUACGUUUUAUAUGAAAAGGACGCUGAAGAGACGUGGACCGCGUCUCCGUCUUACGUCAUCUGUGUCUGUCUCGUGCGGCGCCUAAGGAUAUUACUUAGUCAAAAUUUCAUAAUUUUUAUGCAAUAAUGAAACAUAAAUGCUAUUAAAUAUUGAAAAGCAAGACUUCCUCUGCGCCAAGUAGUCGAUGAAUUGAAUAGGAGUUGAAAGUAAAACCAACUUUUAUAUCCUAAUUUUACCCACUGUUAUAUUUUCGCGACGUAAGUAGCUCGUCCUUUCUUGAGUUACUUACUAUUUAUCCCCAUACCAAAAUUCAUUAAAGUCAGUUUAGCGAUUAGAGUCGUAAAGACAACGAUAUUUAAUACCCUAUCGUUGGUAAGGGUAACAGGCUGCAAAAGUAGUUUAUAAAUUCCUAUAUUAAUAAUAUGGAUUAAACAAGAGCUUAGAUACCAUUAAUUAAAGUCAAAUGAUUGUACCACGACUGUACUAUGUAGUUCGUGAUUUUAACUCUAUGGUUAAAAUACCAUGCCGUCGUGUCCAUGUGACAUGGAAAUGUCACUGCCACUAUGACUGCUGUGAUUGCCAUUCACUCAACCGAGGAUUGUGGGAUACACACCUGAGAUUCAAAUAUUUGUACCUUUGAUUGCUCAUCGAUAUUUAUCACAUAUUUUGGUAGGUAGCUAGUAUAAUUGCGUGAUUUGCAUUCACGCGCGAAGGCCACAGAUAUAGUACCUACACGAGCCUAGAAAAUGUCCUCGGACAAAUCCCAAUCAGAAGCAGAAAAUCUUUUCUCUUUUAAACGUUAUUUUAUUAACAACUUGGAUUCAUAUCAUGGCCAAUACAUUUUGAAAGAGCUAACUAAAGUGCUCGAAAAGAACACCGCAUUAUCUACGAAACCGACAUCUCUUACCAUCUUGGGGGAAGAUGCCGAACCAAUACCGCCUCCUCUGCCCGAGCAGAUGUAUGAAAUUAUUGGUACAGUGUCAGACACCAAUCUCAAGGACAUUGAUAAUGUUGCCAGAAUUAUACCUAAAUCCGAAUGUAUACCACAUAUGUUAACUAGUGGCACGGUCGUGUUCGAUAUUAGUUAUGACCGGGAUGAACUUCAAAUCGCUAUGGAUUACAUCAAAGUUUUAAAGGCCUUGCUCGAGAAACAAACUCCUACUGCUGGAGCGAAUACUGCAGAUGAUGACGAAGGAGCUGGCGAGUCCAAAAAGCGAUAUGUGAUAUUGAUAUCAACGGUCUUGACAUGGGCUAGCACUAAGCCAUUGGACCCGGACACACCUGAUAUGCCAUUCAUAGAAACUGAUUUUCGCAAAAGAAAGCCUCAUCCGAAUUACAAGUUACACUACGAUAUCGAAAACGAAGUUAUUGGAAUAGCCAGGAAAUAUAAAUCUCAAAUUGGGGCUUUGGUGGUAACGACUGGCGUGACUUACGGAGGAUAUGAAGAUGUGUUUUUUUAUUGGUUCCAAAAGGCAUGGGAAUGUGAAAAAUUUCUACCGAUUCUCGGCCGUGGCAACAAUGUGGUACCCAUUAUAAAUGUCCUGGAUCUAGCUCAAAUAAUUUACAAUUUGAUAACGGACUUUCCGAAAAAGUUAUACAUAUCAGCGGUGGAGCAGAAUGUUACGAAGCAACGAGAGAUAGUGAAACCACUCGGCCGCAUUGCUGGUUCUGGAAUGUUUAAAUGCAUACCAAAAGAAGACGCCUUUUUGAUCCCCGAGAUAAAUCAAAGAAUUUAUGAUUUGAUGACCGUGAACAUAAAUAUGGAGCCGACAUUCAUUGUCGAGACGAUGGCCCUGCAGUGGACAUCCGAUAUGACUUUCGCUGAAAACGUUCCAGCUCUUAUGAAGCAGUUCAAAAAGGAAAGAGGACUGAAACCUUUUAAGAUAAUAGUAUACGGGCCUCCUAUCAUCGGUAAGACGACGCUAUCGAAGCUGAUCGCCGAGGCUUACGGCCUAGUGUAUAUUUCCCCGGAGACGGUGGCUCAAGAUAUAAUGGAAGAUUUGGCUUGGCGGGUAAGUCACUGGGAGGUGGGUGAAACGACAGCCUUGCCCGUGCCUACUGGCGAGGAGGAAGAUCCGGCUGCGGAUGCUGAUGAAGACCUCAGCGACGAGGAGGGCGUACAGGAGACCGCGCGACAGACCCUGGCCAUGUUGAGAUCCGGCAGACCGCUCUCUGACGAAGAAAUCCUGGGAUAUCUACGUCAGAGGCUAUUGUGUCGUGAAUCUAUGAAUAGAGGUUGGGUUCUUGAUGGAUUUCCCACUAACUUGGCGCAAUGUGCUUCUCUGUUUGAGAAGGCUGACGAACAAGACUCGGAAGCGGACGAAGAGAAUGGAGAGGAACAGUUUGAAGAAGAUGUCGAUUUAUACAGCAACAUCUUAAGAAAAAUAUUACCAGACGUUGUCGUGUCACUGGAGGCGACCGAUGACUUUAUUUGUGAGAAGGCCAUGCGGCAACCCGAAGGUGACUCACGACUAGACGAGGAAACCGUUUUGAAGCGUCUGACUGAAUUCAGAACUGGGGAUACCCGUGACGUCACACCGCUUAACUUCUUCGACGAGCUUGAUAUACAUCCUUUGGUCGUGCCAGUUAAGGAACACACCGAUUACUCCAUGAAGGCACCGUAUGCUGCGGUCACGCUUCGCAUGGGACGCCCCUGCCGCUAUGGAAAACUGUUGGCACUCAUUGAAGCUGCAGAAAAGAAAGAAAGAGAGGAAAUCGAGACUUUACGUACUAAAGAAGCUAGAGCCAUGAAAGAAUUGGAACAGAAGUUGAAAGAGGAACGUGAAGAAAAAAUGGAAUAUUGGACUGAGCUUUACGCAUUGAUGCGCGAAGAAGAGGAAGCUGCGCUGGCGGCGGCGGGUGAACCGAUGCGAAACUAUUUAGUGCACCACAUCUUCCCGACACUUACACAAGCUUUGCUUGAAGUAGCCAAGCUGCGCCCCAAAGAUCCUGUUGAUUUCUUGGCUGAAUACCUGUUCAAAAUGAAUCCUAGCGGCAAAAUGCUCGAGCCCGGAUACAAUCUUCAGGCAGAAAAAUUACUGGGAAAGAUCAAAAUACUUGAUGAUGCUCUAAAAGAUCUAGACAUCAAGAUCGAACCUCUUCUACCCCAAGAAAAAGAAGAACCAGAAUCUUCAAAGAAGAAUAUUACUGUAAUGAGUGCACUGUGAAUUCUAAAUAUCUUUACCUACCUAUUUAGAUUUAUCAUUGUGAUUUUAUUUAAUAUUUUAUUAAUUAAAAUUUUGGAAAUUAACAAAAAGUGACUUGACUUUCUUCAAUUACCUACCUUUUUUAAAUUAAAAGGUUGGUUAACAAUCAUUUAUAGAAGCUUGCGAUACAAAAACUAUCACUCGCACCGUUGCCUACCCUGACC